AAAAGAAAAGAAAAGGAAAAAAAAAAAAACCCCCCCCCCCUCCCGAUCAUCAUGGUCAACCUUUCCUCUCAGAGCCUCUUGCGAGGACUCGUUCUAUCCCUCUCACUCUCCUCUCACAUGUUCCUCACCUCUAAUGCUCAAGGUUCAACAGCAACACCGCCUUCUACUAGACCAACAACAACAUCUUCAUCUUCACCUUCACCUUCACAACCCGCAUCCUCCAUCAAUGCUCCUAGUGGCUUUGUCGGCGUUGCCUCUGCUGCCAACAAAAACUUUAUCUUCUAUCAAGGGGGUCAAGUCAACACAGGAUCGGUCAGAUUCACAAACGACCUCUUUUCCCUGGAUCUCACAAAGACCUGGCCUGUUCAUUCUCCUGCUUGGACCAACUUGACUCUUCCUUCCAGUGGUACCUUGACUGGUCCCACAGUCUCGGGACAUGAUGCGACCAUGUCUAAGGAUGGAACCACUCUCUUAGUCACCGCACCCACAGAAUCACAGGGAACACCCUUUUUGUACCAGUACAACAUUGCUGCAGGUUCUUGGUCUACUAUCGAAGCACCUUCUGCUCAAGCUUCAAAGUGGGCGAGCAGAAAGGCAGCCAAUUUUGUAACAGAUCCUGCUUCGGGUAUCUCCUGGUUAUUAGGUGGAGCAUUCCCUGAUGGUAGCAGCACAAAUGAGAUUGAUCGAUUUCAGGACAAUACCUGGACUGCCAACUUGAUCCCUUCUAGUAAUAGCAACAAUAACAAUGGCGGUGCACUGAACAAUUUCAAUUCUGGCACAGCGCAUAUCUUUAAUAACAGGAUCUAUAUCUUUGGAGGCUUCAGUUCAACAGCUGGUCGACGAGGUUACCAAUCUUUCCAGAGUUUACCCUACAUUGACGUCUCUAAUCCAGAUACUCUCACGCAUGGCGUUCAAUUCACUCUGGGUCAGGUUCCACCACCUCGCCAAGAUCAUUGUAGUGUUAUCACUGCCAGCCAUAAAGUCAUCAUCUUUGGAGGCUAUGAUGGAAACUCUAAACUCUCUCUUUCCGAUGUCUGGUCUCUGGACCUCAUCACCUGGACAUGGUCUCAGAUCGUGACCACAAACUCAAACCAACCUCGUCAUGGACAUACAUGUGAUAUUGCAGGCGCCAACAUGGUAGUCUAUGGAGGCAUGGCCGCUGUCGCCCUCAACUCCCCCCAGAUCGCGUACGGAAAGGAUGUUCAGGUCUAUGAUGUCAUGCUCUCCACUUGGAUGAAAUCUUAUGCUCCUAAACAGGACACCACCACGACUUCACAACCCCUCCCCGGGACCGGCGGCUCCAAUUCUGGAUUAGGCAUAGGCCCCAUCAUUGGGAUCGUCAUUGGCGUGGCCUCCGUCAUUGCUUGUAUCGCUGCAUUCUUUAUUUACAAGCGUCGACAGAAACAGAUUGAGAUCAGGGAAGCUGAAAUGGAGAAGGAAGCCUAUUUGGCCUCGUUGAGGCCCGAAGGAAGCAAUAGUAAACCAGGCAACGGCGGUCAGUCCCCUACUUCCCCUAGAUCGGCUCGUUUGGCCGCUGGCAGCUCCAGCAUCAAUGGUUCCAUCAUCUCAACUCCUGGAAUGACUCACGCUGGUGCAUAUAAUGGAAUGGAUGAACUCUUGUUGAGCAACGCUGCCGCUUCCCCCGCCAUGGGUGGUCAAGCUCAGGGUAACGUCCAAUAUCUGAUGCAACACUUGCCUGAUGGCACCAUCGCUGUUCAACCCGUGUAUUUGGAUCAUCAGACUGCUCUUCAGAUGUCUCCUAAUCUUGCUGACCUCACCUCUGGACCUCUUCAUCCUGGAAACGGAUAUGCCAGCCCUCUUGUCACUGGCAGCACUGUCGGUCCUGCUUCCUCCGCUGGUUAUUUUGCUCCGCCGCCCCAACAAAAGUCUCAGGUCACUUAUCCUCAGCCAACCCAUGAUCCUUUCGCUUCUCCUUCUCUUCCUAAUGCUCCUUUGCCCCCAGGUUACAACCCUCCUCCUUCUGUUGGAGCCACAGGUCUUAGUAGUCCUCAGCAAAGGUCCACUCAACUACGUUAGAAAAAUAAAAAACAUUAAUGACCUCCUUCAUGAGCAAAAUAAAAUAAUAAAACUAU